CCCCACUCAAAAUAUAUCCGUGGUCCAGCCGCUCUAUGCUACCAGUUGUUCUACAGCCAGUCAGUAACAUACUGACUAAAAAUAAAUCCGUUUGUAGACUAUUUGUAGCAACUUCCUAACUAAAGAUCAUAUAUCCUAAAGCGCAGCAUCCAGAUUGAGACGCGUUGGUAAACACAGAGGAGGACAAAUAUUAUUAUUUURUAAAUCCGUUAAAAAGGAGCGAAGAUGGUGUCCGCUGGACUGGAGAUCCUUGGACUGGGACUGUGCGUCAUUGGUUCGCUCCUGGUGAUGGUCGUUUGCGGGCUGCCCAUGUGGAAGGUGACGGCGUUCAUCGAGGCCAACAUUGUGGUGGCUCAGACCAUUUGGGAUGGGCUCUGGAUGUCCUGUGUGGUGCAGAGCACGGGCCAGAUGCAGUGCAAGGUGCACGACUCGGUCCUUGCGCUCGGCCACGACCUGCAGGCGGCGCGAGCCCUGACCGUCAUCUCAUGUGUGUUUGGCGUGCUGGGGCUAAUGGUGGUGAUCGCCGGGGCGCAGUGUACCAACUGCAUCAAUGACGAGAACGUCAAAGCCCGGGUGGUGAACGCCGGAGGGGUUAUCUACAUAAUCAGUGGCUUGUUUGUUUUAGUCCCUCUCUGCUGGAUGGCCAACAACAUAAUCUCGGAUUUCUACAACCCACAGGUGCCCCCGUCCAAGAAGAGGGAGAUUGGGGCUGCGCUCUACAUCGGUUGGGCGGCCACUGCGCUCCUGCUGAUCGGGGGCGCGCUACUCUGCUGCUCCUGUCCUUCUAACGGGAAUUCGGGCUAUUCGGCCAAAUAUGCCCCGACCAAACGGGCUACACCGAACGGGACCGUGGACUAUGACAAAAGGAAUUACGUGUAGCCCUGCGUCUCACCCUCAUGAUGGGGUGGCUAGGCUGUGCUUAAAUGUGGUCUGUGGUUUUUUGAAAAACGUUUUUGAAAAACGUUUUUUUUUGCACCUGCAGUUUACUCUGAACUUUGAAAUCAAUGAAAGCGUCAUUCCCUUUUGUAACACUGACUUUAAACUAAACACAAUAUUGGAGAACAUAUUCAUUCAURCUUUUUUUGCAAACAAGAAAAUAAACGUUUGGAGACUAUGGGUAUAGCCUAAAAUGAUAGCCAAUGACAAAAAGGAGCGUCUUUGUUUUAGGUACAGUAUUGUUUUAAAUGUCCUAGGCUAUAUUUUCUAUAAUUGCUCAUAAUCUUUUGCAUUUAGAAAUGUUUACCAGAAUUUGUUUUUCUAAAUUAAGUUUUAAUGACAAUAUAUCUACUGUCUUUUUACUUCAGUGUAGGCUACAGUGACUUCAGAGUGGUUGCACUCCAAACCACUUAAAAGGUUUUUGAACAAUGGAUUUUUGCUGCAUGAGACUGUGGGAAGAUCGACAAAAACAUGUUGGCCUAUUUUUCAAACCAAUACACAACUCAGGCAUUCUUACAUUUGUCUAUAACAGCGGGAAAUCACAUAUAUUACACAAAUUAGGACCAUAGAUUUAGAUGUCAAAUYUAGGAUGUCCACAACACCUGUUCUGGAGUCUAAAUUAUUUUAAGAUAAAACAAAACAUUUAGCAAACUUGUGUUUUAUAUAUGUACAUAUUGUGCCAGAUGUGUUUCUUGUCAUGGAUUUUUAGGAAUACACUGCUGUUUUACUGACUGGUUUUGAUGUAAAGAUCCAUUAUGUAUUUGAUGCAAUAUUCUUCUUUCCGUUGUUACACUGACAUUAAACGGAUAUUGUUUAAAGUA